GCGAAGCGCCUUUCUCCAACACACGGGGCAGCCGACGGCGAGUAUCAAACAGCAAGACAUUCCGACGCCACUUGAAUUACUCAUACUCCUGAUCCAAGAUUGCAAACGUAUGACUAGGACGGGAGAUUAAUACUACCCAGAUCGCUCUAUCUUAUCUUCAACCUACCCAUAUCAUAACUUAUCCAAAAUGUCUACAACCACUACCAUGGAAGCAACGCCUAUUGCGCAGCCUCAGAUACAGGAAAAGCUCAAUGAGCAAAAGAGCUCCAGUUAUCCAACCCAGAACCUCGCCGUCGCUACAGGCGGCUACAUCUUCCCCGGUAUCCCCAAGAUAACAGACCCCUACAAGAAGCGCCAGUGGCAGCUCGAGCACAUGGCGGGCGCAUUCAGAGUCUUCGCCCGCAAGGGCUUCACCGAGGGAACAAGUGGGCAUAUCAGCGUGCGGGACCCGGUUGAGCCGGACACAUUCUGGAUUAACCCCCUCGGCAAGCAUUUUGGCAUGCUAAAGGCCAGCGAUAUGGUACAUAUCAAUGAAGCAGGCCAAGUCAUCGGGGGUAACAGAGUCGCUAUAAACGCCGCCGGCUUCGUGAUCCACAGCGCCAUCCACCGCGCACGGCCCGACAUCCACGCUGCAUGCCACAUGCACUCGCCGAACGGAAAAGCGUGGUCGACGUUUGGCCGGCCCGUUGAUAUUAUCAACCAGGACUCGUGCAACUUCUACGGCACGCAGGCGGUGUAUACGAACUUUGGCGGGGUGGUUAUUGAGGAUGAGGAGGGGAAGAGGAUUACUGAUGCGCUUGGGGAGAAAGGUAGGGUUAUGUUCUUGCAGAAUCAUGGGCUGCUUACGACUGGUGGGACGGUGGAUGAGGCUGCGUAUCUGUUUACUUGUCUUGAGAGGACUUGUGAGGUGCAGUUGAAGGUGGAGGCGGCGGGGUUGGAGAAGAAGUUUAUUAGCAAGGAGGCUGCUGAGUUUACGGCUGCGGCUAAUGCGGAUCCGGAAACGCUGUAUACGGAGUUUCAGCCGGACUUUGAGUAUGAGAUUUGGAAGUCCAAAGGGGAGCUAUGCAAGGGGGAGUAAACCCUGUUAAUCGCCGUCUGGCUUCUCCCUGGGAUUAAGUCUAGUUAACUGUUAUUUGCUAAAUGAAUUUCCUUGUCGAUAACGUGUCGGUGUUAUACACGAUGCCGUAAAGACGUGAG